CUAACGGAGAGGCUGAACGGUGAGCCUGAUAAAGCUUUCCUCAGGGCGCAGCAGGAGGUGGAUCUGUUGAAUCACUGUUUUGAGGAUAUAGAGGUCUUUAUGGGGAAGCUGCAGCAGGCGGCCGAGGCUCAGAACAUUCUGGAGCAGAGAAACAAGAAGAAGAGGAAGAGUCGCAAAAGUGCAGAAGAUGAUCUGCUCAGUGCUAAAGCUAAAGCUCCACCUGAGACUGAGUUCAUCCAGAUACUCCAGAAAUUCAAAUACAGCUUCAGUCUACUGGCGAAGGUAAAAUCAGUCAUCUCUAACCCCACAUCAGAGGAGCUGCUGCACCACGUCUUCAGACCUCUGGAGAUGAUAGUAAAGGUAACAGGAGAUGCAGCAGUAGCAGCAGGAGUGAUCAGUCCGGCUCUGACAGCAGGAGCUGUAGAUCUACUGCAGAACAACCUGAACCUGCAGGAACACACACUGUGGAGCUCCCUCGGCCCGUACUGGACCCAACCCCGGCCGGCUCUGCGAGGUCCGGUUCCUCCGUACGCUCCGGUCUUCCUGGACGGAUGGAAACUUCCGGAGUCGGAGGCAGAGGGCUGGGUCGACCCGGUAGAAUCUCAGCACAAGAAGGACGUCGAGAAACAAAAACAAGAGAUGCAGAAAUCUCUCCAGCCGGUGGUUCCCGCUGUUCCUUCAGAUGAGCUUGACGGUGUUGGGGGUGGAGUCCCGCAGGCGGAGCGGCUGUACCGCUGUAGCUAUGAUUUUGUAGCUCGAAACAGCAGCGAACUCUCAGUACUGCAGGGAGAAACACUGGAGGUAAUGGAGUCGUCUAAGCGAUGGUGGAAGUGUCGGAACCGGUUUAAUGAAGUCGGGUUUGUACCGUUUAACAUCCUGGAACCCGUGUCCCACAUCGAGAGCCCGGUCACCAACAAACCACCCAAGGCUCCAGCUCCUCCUCCGAUGCCGAAGUCGGUGUCUGUCGCUCCGCCGAGUCCCCGAGCUCAGACCCCUGAAGCCAGAAUGUCUCAGCUCCUACCUGAGGACUCAGAGAAAGCGAUGCAGGUAAAUGACGAGCUGUUGAAAAGACUGACGAAUGGUAAAGCUGCUUUAUCGAAACCGCUGGUUAUCCACCGCUUGGCCGAUACCUCUGUUCCGCUGGACUAUCACUCGCCCCCUGCUGAGGUGGAAGCGUGGCUGCGCGGGAAAGGCUUCAGUAACCCGACGGUGCAGUGUCUCAGAGUGCUGACCGGAGCUCAGCUGUUCUCUCUGAAUAAGGAGGAGCUGCGGGCUGUUAUUCCUGAAGAGGGUGCUAGAGUAUACAGUCAGCUCACAGUGCAGAAAUCCCUACUGGAGGAUGUGAAGAGAGCGUCGGAGUUGGAAGCGGUGAUGGAGAAACAGAAGAUGAAAGUUGAUCUGAAAGCAGAGAGUGGAACACUUUAACACACACACACUACACACUCUCUCUCACACACACACACACUACACACUCUCUCUCUCACACACACACACACUACACACUCUCUCUCACACACACACACACUACACACUCUCUCUCUCACACACACACACACUACACACUCUCUCUCUCACACACACACACACUACACACUCUCUCUCUCACACACACACACACUACACACUCUCUCUCUCACACACACACACACUACACACUCUCUCUCUCACACACACACACACACACACACACUACACACUCUCUCUCUCUCACACACACACACUACACACUCUCUCUCUCACACACACACACUACACACUCUCUCUCUCACACACACACACACACACACACACUACACACUCUCUCUCUCACACACACACACACUACACACUCUCUCUCUCUCACACACACACACACUACACACUCUCUCUCACACACACACACACACACUACACACUCUUUCUCUCACACACACACACACUAC